CAUUUGUCGAUUAUACAUUGAUGUUUAUAAACAAAAUCUCAGAGCAAGCAAUCUAGUGUUUCCUUUCCUGAUUGUUGUUUCUUCUCACAAACACUUACCGUUCAAACGAUAAUAAAUGGCCGAAUCUAAACCAUUUCCUGCGGUGGUCAAACAGGAGCCCGUGGACAUCGAAGAACCAAGCUCGUUCUGUUACGAAACCAUGGUAAAGGAAGAACUUAUCAUCGAGGACGAGCUCGAGCCCUCACCCGAAAAAGAUGAUGGCCAGGAUCGAACUGCAGCAGACGAAAGCGACUUGGAGGACAUUCCGAAAUCCUCGAAAGGCCAGCCAAGCAACAAAAAAUGGCACUGUGAAAAAUGUAACAAGUCGUACCAUAGCUCAGGUGCUUUCAGCACGCACAAGACGCGCCAUAAAGCGUUUGAAACUGGCCGGUUCGCGUGUCAGCAGUGUGAAAAACGAUUUGGAGACAACCGUUCACUAAACCUUCACAAAAAGAAAGGAUGUGAGGAGGAGUCUACAGAAAAUUCCGAUGGCAAAUCCUGGGUCUGCGUAGAGUGCAACAAGACGUUUUCAAAUCCUUACACCUUUCAACAGCACAUUUACGCACAUAGGGUUGUGUCGGCAGGCAAAUACAAGUGUGAAACAUGUGAGAAGUGUUUCAAGGGAAAAUACGCGCUCACGAGACAUGAACAAAAUGCGCACCAAAAGAAGAUAAAGACUGAAGCAAAACAGUUGGUCAUAGACGCCAGAAAGUCGGAAGCAGAAAAGGUUCGCAAAGUUGUGGAAAAGGACGAAAAUGGCUUCUUUAAGUGUCCGGACUGUGACAAGCGCUUCAAGUACCGAUUAAAAUAUAUUAUCCAUGCUCGGCGACAUGUCGCUUUGAAGGAAGGAUUUUACAAGUGCAAAAUAUGCGAAUCGGCUUUCAAAUCAAGCGGCGAACGGAAGCAACAUGAACGUACCCAUGAGAAACACAAUUCCAGAAUGUUGGGCGACCCGUAUGCGUUGAUAUGUCCCGAAGCAACUCUGACGGAAGAAAAUGGCAUGUUCAAGUGUUCAGCAUGUGAGAAGACCUUUGAACAACGGCCCGAAGGUCUGCGUCAUGUCCUGAGGCAUGUCCAUGUAAAGCGAGAAAGGGUCCAAUGCGACUUGUGCCCUUUGACAUUUGCCAACAAAAAGUAUCUCGAAAAACAUCAAACAGAGCACGCGACUUCAAAGGACGUUACGGCUAGUGAAUCAACCAGCAGCGGUGGCUCGGAAGAUUCGGAAAAGGUUGAAGAAAGCGGGUUUAAGUGUACCGUUUGCAACAAGACAUUUUGGAACGAGCGUCGAUUCGAUAUUCACAUUCAAAGGCAUAAAGUUAUCAAGGAGAGCAGAUUUCCCUGCAAGCUGUGUGGUUUGCGCUGUGGAAGCACAGCAGAAUUAAGAAAACACGAGCAGACGCAUGCUAGGAAACAACAGCCCAUGCUUUUGUCUGGGGAGAAAGUGCCUCCGAUAAUUUUGGAAAGAAACAACCACACCGUUUACAAGUGUCCCGAGUGCGCCUUGAUAUUCACCAAACAGCGGGCCUAUUUCAUCCAUGCCCAAAACCACCUUAACGUCAAAAACGGAACCUUCAAGUGUGAAACCUGUGGUACCUGCUGCUCAAGCAGGAAGAAAUUGGCGUUGCAUAUGGUACAACAUCGAGAGGGAAAAGUUGUCAUGCAAACACAGCCGGAUAAUCUUCUUUACGAAUGCCCCGAAUGUGGCAAAAAGUUUUCUCGUCGAGCUUACUUAAUCAAACACGUGCAGAGGCAUGAAGCCUUGGAAAAUGGCACUUUCCAGUGCAAGGUAUGUGCCAAGUUCUUUGGAUCUCGUGUUCUACUAAUCCGGCACGAAACGAUCCAUUGAGAGCGAUUGCCCAAAGUUAACUGUAACAAAAAUGCUGAAAAAAAAUACAAUACAAUGUAGUAUUUUUGGCUCCAUAAA